GCCGGGUUGCUAGGGGCGACUCCUCCGCCUUCCCAAUGGCCCGCCUUCCUUUCUUCUCGCGUGAGGCGCGUCUUCUGCUCGGCAUCGGUUUCUUCCAGCGGGGCUUAACUCCCAGGGAAGCGCGUGCAUGUCUGUGUCGUAGAGGGAUUGCAUGAUCCCAAAUGAAAGGGCUGGUGCUUAUUUAACUGCCUUCAUUUAACUGCUGGUAAACUGUAGCAGAGGCCUUCAGUACUACUAGGUAUUUUUUACUCUUGCCUUAAUUGGUGAGUGAAAUACUGCUGGAAUGCAUCAGAAGCUCCUGAAGAGUGCUCAUUACAUUGAGCUUGGAAGUUACCAGUACUGGCCGGUUUUGGUCCCUCGGGGAAUUCGCUUAUACACCUAUGAGCAGAUUCCAGUGUUCCUUAAGGACAAUCCAUACAUCACAGAUGGCUACAGAGCAUACCUACCUUCCAGGCUAUGUUUGAAAAGCCUAUUCAUUUUAUCCAAUGAAACAGUUAACAUCUGGAGUCACUUACUGGGCUUCUUCCUCUUCUUCACUUUGGGCAUAUAUGACAUGACUUCUGUGUUGCCUUCAGCGAGUGCCUCUAGAGAAGAUUUUGUUAUUUGUUCUAUUUGUCUCUUCUGCUUUCAAGUUUGUAUGCUUUGCUCAGUAGGGUAUCACCUCUUCUGCUGUCAUCGCUCAGAGAAGACCGGUCGACGAUGGAUGGCCCUGGAUUAUGCAGGAAUUUCCAUUGGAAUCCUGGGCUGUUAUGUAUCUGGAGUCUUUUACGCAUUUUAUUGCAAUAAUUACUGGCGUCAAGUCUACUUGAUCACUGUCCUUGCUAUGAUCUUGGCAGUAUUCUUUGCCCAGAUCCACCCCAGUUACCUCACUCAGCAGUGGCACAGGCUGCGCUCAGUCAUCUUUUGCUCUGUGUCAGGUUACGGAAUCAUUCCUACCAUCCACUGGGUUUGGCUCAACGGUGGUGUUGGUGCGUCUAUUGUGCAGGAAUUUGCUCCCCGUGUGAUUGUGAUGUACUUGAUCGCUGCCAUAGCAUUUCUCUUUUAUAUUUCUAAAGUCCCAGAAAGAUAUUUCCCAGGGCAGUUAAACUACCUCGGCUCGAGCCACCAAGUAUGGCACAUCCUUGCAGUAGUGAUGCUGUACUGGUGGCAUCAGUCUACCGUCUACAUCAUGCAGUAUAGACACAGCAAACCUUGCCCUGACCAUAGUGCACAUUAGCACGCAAAGGUAUGGCGGUUUCCUGUGCAGGAGGAGAUGAAGAUGGACUGGGUUGUGAUGGGGAAGGGGUUUUGCCUUUUUGUUGCCACAGUUAAAAAGACAGUGGUUGCCCAGAAGUCAUAAAGGGUCUAUUCAGGAAGAGGAGUCCUUUUUGGGGUAAACUGGCCAGUAACAAAAGCCCUGGAGCUCUUAGGUCACCAGCUGGUAAGGAGACAGAGUGCUGCAUGCUUCCCUUUUCACUUGUGCUUCUGCUGCUCCUGAUUCAUAGAAAGCUGCUUUAUACAGAGUCAGACCAUUGGUCUGCCUAAACUUGGUUUUGUACCCUAACUGGCAGGAGAUGCCAGGGAUUGAAGCUGGGAUAUAUAUAUAUAUUUGCAUGCAAAGCAUAUGCUCCACUAAUGAGCGUUUCAGUUCCUCUUUAGAGACCUUAUCCCUGCAGUAUUAAUUCUGUGUUCUCCUAGCUUCCUUGUAUUUGGGCUCAACAGCCUCUCUUACCGGGACAGCUGUAAAUCAUGUGGCAGUGCUAUGGCACCUGAAGCCCUGAAUCCACUUCUUUGAAUUCGGACUAUAUAGGCUCACAGGUGGGUCUAAAGUCAGAUGGCCCCUGCUGAGGAAAGUGAUGGGGACCCAAAUAUUUUGCAUUGACUCCCCUUAGGUUGCUAUUUAAUAGCUCUACUUUAGGAGACAGAAAUUCCAGGGAAGGGACGGUGCUGGAAUGUGGCCUACCAUUGUGAAGGAACAGGAAGCAUUUUGAAGUAUACAACAGGCGCGUUCCAGUCCCCAAAACCUUCUUGAAAAAUGUAUCUUUUCCCAUUGGUGUCCAGGGCCAUGUUGAUGCCUUUUUCAAAUUGCAGUAGUUUUACUUCUCAGCGUAACAGGAAAGGAAAAUACUGGUUUUCUGUAUGAUUUACGAGGCUCUUUUGUGAAGGAUUAAACCCUGCCACUUCUGAUUUCACCGCAUGCUGGGAAGAAAGGACUUUCAACAAUUUGAUUGCACAUAUUGAAGACUCUGCAUUCUACAAAACUUGUUCCACUUUUUUACCCCCCUGAAAUAGCAGCUGCUGGUGGUGGCAUCAACUUUCUUUUACUGCUUUCCAAGGGAUCUCUCGUUUGUUUUGUUUACAGUCUAUGUCCACGGCAAAAAGUCCCACCAAUGCUGUUUACAUAAAUAUAUAAAACUAAACUUGCUACCAAAAUGUCACCACUUAAAGCACAGCAGUUGGAAAGUCAACUGAGCAAUUCAUGAAAUGUAAGCCAUUUUAAAAUUGUUUUAAACCAGUCCAUCUUCUAAAAGGCCCAUUUAAAAGCCAGAACUGAUU